AUGGCGGAGAUUGUGUUAUUUCUAGCCAUUAAAAAGAUCGGAAUUGCCCUGGCCAAGGGAGCGGCAGACCAGGCCAGCGUGCAGUUUGCGAAGUAUGGCACACAACUACUAGAGCUACAGAGCACCAUGGGCCGUGUUGCUAGUGAGCUUCGCGUAAUUCAUGAUGUUCUCUGUCAAAUGGACAUCCGAAACCGCAACAAUCAAGUAUAUGAGGGCUGGUUGGAAGAGGUGCAGAAAGUAGCACAUGUGAUGGAGGACAUGGUGGAUGAGUACUUGUAUCUAGUUGGUCAAGAACAUGAUAUUGGUUGUUGCUUUUUCCUGAAGAAAGGGGUUAAAAAGCCAAAAUCUCUGCUUUCCUUCAACCGGUUAGCUUUCAAGGUGAAGGAAACAGAGAAACACCUCACCCACCUGUCUGAGGUUAAAAACCGAUGGGUUACCCUGAUAAAUAACAGGGAUACUAACAGCUCAAAUUAUAUUGUCAAGAGAUCCCAAGAUCUAUCAAAUAUUUCACGCUCCCUUGAUGAAGAAGAUCUAGUAGGGGUGGAUGAAAACAGAAAAAAACUGCAGCAGUGGUUGAAAAGUGAUGAUUUGGGACACUCUGUUAUAGCUUUGCUCGGAAUGGGAGGUCUUGGUAAAACUGCUUUAGCUGCAAAUGUUUACAAGAAGGAGAGGGAGAAAUUCCAAUGUCAUGCUUGGGUCUCCAUCUCUCAAACUUAUUCUAUAGAACUUGUCUUGAGGAAUAUAAUCAAGGAUGUUUUUAAAGAUGAUGUUAGUGUUCUAUCUAGCACUAUGGCCAUGGACAUUGUGUGCCUUGAAGAGAAACUGAAGAAAUUUCUGGAGAAACAGAAGUAUUUGAUCAUUUUGGAUGAUGUUUGGACUCCAGAAGCAUUUGAUGAUUUGUCUAGGGUGGUUACUCAUAAUGAUAAGGGAAGUAGAUUGAUCAUCACAACAAGGGAAGGUGAUGUUGCUGCACAUGCCUCUCCUCGACAUACCAUAAAAAUGGAAGUUUUACCAGAAGACAAGGCAUGGGAUCUAUUUUGUAAGAAAGCCUUUCCAAGAGAAACAAAUCAUGAAUGUCCUACAGAAUUGAAGCUAUCGUCCAAGGAAAUAGUUAGCAAGUGCAAAGGCUUGCCUCUUGCUAUUGUGUCAGUUGGUAGCCUCUUGUGUGUUCGUGAGAAAACCGUGGAAGAAUGGAGAAGAGUAAAUAACCAACUGAGGUGGGAGAUAAAUAAUAAUUGGAGGCUUGACCAUGUGAGGAAUGUUUUGCAUCUGAGCUUCAUCUACCUUCCAACAAAGUUGAAAUGUUGUUUAUUGUAUUGCAGUCUAUUUUCAGAAGAUUAUAUUUUCCGAAGGAAACAAAUUGUACGGUUAUGGACAGCAGAGGGAUUCGUCAAGGAGAGGGGUAGAAACACAUUAGAAGAAGUUGCAGAAGGCUAUCUAAAGGAGUUGAUUGACAGAAAUAUGCUACAACUUGUUGAGACGAACUCAUAUGGUAGGAUGAAGAAAUUCAAAAUGCACGAUAUCCUACGUGAGUUGGCAUUGGACUUGUGCCAGAAGAACUAUUUUGGUGUUACUUAUGAUGGUGAAUGUGAGGAUUCUCUUCAGGAUGUACGACGAUUGGUACUACUCAAACUAAAGGAGGAUAAUCAUCAGCCAAUUUAUGGUAUGCACCAACUUCGUACAUUCAUUACGCUGGACAAAAGCAUUCCAUCAUCCACUAUACAUGUGCUAUGCGUGGAGUCAAGAUAUAUGACAGUGCUAGAAUUAAGUGGUCUGCCCAUGGAGAAGAUUCCAGAUGCUAUUGGAGAUCUUUUUAAUCUCCGCCAUUUGGGUUUGCGUGAUUCGAAAGUGAAGAUGCUCCCAAAGUCUGUUGAGAAGCUUUCAAAUUUGUUGACACUGGACCUUUGUCGAUGUGACAUACAUGAGUUUCCUCGAGGAAUUGUGAAACUGAAGAAGCUCAGGCACUUAUUUGCUGAGAGAGUAAAUUCAAAUGUUGGAGCGUUCAAAGGUGACGGUGGUAUUUGUAUCCCCAAUGGUAUUGAAAAUCUGACAAACCUGCAGACGCUACAAGCAAUGGAAGCACAAGAUGAGUCUAUUAGACAAUUAGGGGAGCUGAGGCAACUGAGAAGCUUGAGGUUAGUGAGUGUGAAGGGAAUAUAUUGUGCACACAUCAGUGUGUCUCUGGUUAAGAUGCAAUAUUUGUCCAACCUAUAUGUGUGUGCAAAUGAUGAGAAUGAGGUUCUCGUGUUGAAUGUUCUCCUGCCAAGCCUACAAAAGCUAUGUUUGAGAGGGCGACUAGCGGAAGGGGCGUUGGAUAAGUCUCCUCUCUUUCAAGCCGUUGAGGGGCAGAAUUUGUAUGAAUUGUAUCUACAUUGGUCACAGCUGAGAGAAGACCCCCUGCCAUCCCUUUCUCGGUUGUCAAACUUGACACGUCUACAGUUUUCUAGAGCAUACAACGGAGAACAGCUGUCGUUUCUCACGGGGUGGUUUCCCAUGCUAAAGGUUCUCUCUCUGAUAGACCUGCCUCAUCUUAAUCGGCUAGAGAUACAUCGAGGUGCCAUGAAGAGCCUGGAGAAAUUAAUCUUAGUCAACCUCAGCAGCAUGAAGGAGGUCCCAUCUGGCAUUGAGUUCCUCCUGCCCCUCCAGCAUUUGUUCUUCCACAAGAUCACCAGUGACUUCUUCGCCUCGCUGCGCCAAUGGUCUCCAACACUAAGUCAGCACUAUCACUAUUCUCUCCGAAACAGGGAGAUACAUCCUGUUUUGGGCCACAUGCAGAUUCGACGGAAUGAAUUAACGCGCCUGGGAUUCCUCUUUUUUUUCAAGAUGCACUACUGCGCCAUUUCCUACCUGUCAAGUGUGUGA